UCUUUAUUUUAUUUUAAAAUACGAUUAAAAUUCUAGUAUUACUAUAUUUACAACUUGCAACUCAAAAUAAUUUGAAUCAACAGUGCAUUUUUUAUGCUCUGUACAUCCGCACAAAAUCCAAAGAAACUUAAGCGCAGAGCUAUCGUAAUCAAUCCUAUGAUAUAAAUGGAAUCCCGAAAAAUAUUCAUAUGAGAAAUCAAAAUACACACGUUUUCUACAUUUUCUUAUGCUGAUUUUAUAGAUUUUUCUUUUCCAGUGCAAAAUGAAAAUUUUAACUAUGCCUAGAGACGCUCGUCAUUCUUGGGUCUUGUUUGGCCGCCAUGUCUGAAGUUCGUUGUGUCUUCGGAGGUCGUGUUGUGCUACUCUUUAAUGUUUAUAGAUUUCAGUGAAUUUAGUUUUAAUAAGACGAUGAAUUUAUAUAAAUAUUGAAUAACUAUGAUUUAGUUUCUUGUGUGGAGUGACUAUUAGACUGGAGCAAAUCGAUACAUUUUGCGUUUGAAGAAGUUACUCUAACAUCGUAUUUUUAGUUCAUCCGCCAUAUUGGCGUUAAUAUCUCUUCGUCAGACAACAUUGCUGUUGCAUAGUCAAGAGCAUUCUGGUGCUUAAAUAUUCAUAUUUCCCUACCCUGCAGUCCAAUGCAAGGUAGGAUUUUUAUUUGUCUAUGAAUGGGAUGACCUGCUUCUAGGUGCUAAAGCACCAACAUAUUUAUAUUAUGAUAGAACGGUUUAAUGUUAAAAGAGGGUUUAGCUGAUGCCUCUUAGUCAGAAAUUGGAUGAGCCUCUUGUUACGAUUGAGGUAGAUUGCUGACUCCAGCACAAUGCAGCAAGCAGUCGAUCCUCUCGCUACCACCAGCACGCCUACGGCGGAGCCGGUCAAUGGCGCACCCCCUGACGAACCCGCGCGGCGGCAGGGCCGGAUGACGAAUCAGCUUCAAUUCCUACAAAAGAACGUAAUGAAGGCGGUUUGGAAGCAUCAGUUUGCUUGGCCUUUUCACCAACCAGUAGAUGCUAAAAAAUUAAAUCUACCUGACUACCAUAAAAUAAUCAAGAAACCUAUGGAUUUGGGAACCAUUAAAAAGCGACUUGAGUCGAAUUACUAUUAUUCAGCCCAAGAAUGUAUUCAAGAUUUCAAUACCAUGUUUACCAACUGUUAUGUCUACAACAAGCCUGGAGAAGAUGUUGUGGUCAUGGCACAGACCCUGGAGAAACUUUUUCUUAAUCGGAUAGCACAGAUGGAUAAAGAGGAAAAGGAAAUCGAAGCGCCGUCGAAAGGGGGCGGUAAAGGUGGGGUAAAGAAGCGGGGCACGUUACCGGGCGGCGCGGGACUGGGCGCGGGCGCGACGCCCACGCCGGCCGCGCCGCCCGCGCCGCGCGCCGCCGUCAAGGCCAUGCCGCCCGCGCCGCACCCCGCGCUCGUGGGCUCCACCAACACCACCACCACGCCCGCCAUCAGCGCGCCGCCCGCCACGCCGCCCGCCACGCACACCGGCCUGCCGCAGCAGGUCGCCACGCAGCCCUCGAGUUUUCAUGUGACCCAGCCACCAGCGCCGCCCGUAUCUACCAUCCCGGCGGUCACUCUAUCUCAAACGCAGCCGGCAAAGGUUAAAAAGGGAGUUAAAAGAAAAGCCGAUACGACAACACCUAUGGGGAGUUCCUUUGAAGGUGGAUAUACUACACCUACAAUUGAUCAGCAAAGUGGUCCUAAACCUGCGAAGAUUUCUACUAGAAGAGAAAGCGGACGCCAGAAAAAGGCGAGUAGGACUGGAGACGAUAGCUUCAAAAUGGGUGGAUUAUCGCCGACCGGAGCGGGUGCUUCCCACCACAAUGUUAUGACACCCCAGCUUGCUAAGAGUAAAGAAAAACUGUCUGAUGCUCUCAAAAGUUGUAAUGAAAUUUUAAAGGAACUAUUCUCUAAAAAACAUUCAGGUUAUGCCUGGCCGUUUUAUAAACCUGUAGAUGCUGAAUUGCUUGGACUUCAUGAUUAUUUUGAUAUUAUUAAGAAACCUAUGGACCUCGGCACGGUGAAACAAAAGAUGGAUAAUAGAGCAUAUAAAACAGCUGCCGAAUUCGCCGCCGAUGUACGUCUAAUAUUUACCAAUUGCUAUAAAUAUAACCCACCGGACCAUGAUGUGGUAGCAAUGGCUAGAAAACUACAAGACGUCUUCGAAAUGAGAUAUGCCAAGAUUCCCGAUGAACCCGUCCAUGUUGGCGUUCCGCAUAUGGAUAAGGGAAGCUCAGCGUCAAGUUCGGAAUCUGGCUCUGAAUCGGAUUCUGAAUCAGACGAUUCGGAAGAAGAGAGAAAUAACAAAGUAAAGCUAUUAGAAAAAGAAUUGCUAGCGCUUCAAGAAAAAAUGAGAAAGUUAGUAGAAGAAUCUAAUAACAAAAAGAAGGCUAAGAAGAAAGUUAAAGAUAAGCAAAAGAAACAAGUUCCGAACAAUGCCGUACCGAAAGCCAAUGCGGCAGCAGCGUACGCGGCUAAAGCAAACAAUAUCAGUGAAAAUAUAGCUGCGAGCACCGUGCGCGGCAAGACGGGCAGCAAGCGCGGCGGCGGCGGCGGCGCGGGCGGCAAGGCGGGCGCCCGCGCCGCCGCGCUCGGCAAGAAGAAGAGCGCGCCGCCCGCCGCGCCGCCGCCGCCGCACCCGCCGCCGCAUGUCGACACCGACGACGAGGACCAGGCCAAGCCCAUGUCCUACGACGAGAAGCGCCAGCUCUCGCUCGAUAUCAACAAACUGCCUGGUGACAAACUUGGCAAAGUAGUUCACAUUAUACAAAGUAGAGAACCCUCUUUACGAGACUCUAAUCCUGACGAAAUCGAAAUUGAUUUCGAAACUCUAAAACCGUCGACGCUUCGUGAACUAGAAAACUACGUGGCCUCAUGUCUACGGAAAAAGACACAUCGUAAAGUAUCUGGUAAAUCUAAAGACGAACAAAUAGCAGAAAAGAAACAAGAAUUAGAAAAAAGGUUGCAAGAUGUAUCUGGGCAACUAGGAACAAACAAAAAGCAACAGCAGAAAAAAGAGGGUUGCAAGGAGGCACUCGGCGGCGGUAUGUCGUCGUCGUCGAGCUCGUCCGACUCUUCCAACUCUUCGUCGAGCACGGACACCAGCUCUUCAGACAGCAGUGAUAGUGAAGCAGGCACGGCUCCUAGCAGGACGCCUAAGAAAAAGCCGAAGAAACAGCACCAACACCCCCCGCAAGUCCAGAAGCUCGUGGCACCAGUGGCAGCUGCGGCCGUGGCGGCCACAACGAUCCCCGUGAGCGCGCCGAUGGAGGUAGCGGCGCCCGCGCCCGUGGAGAGCAAGCCGGCCGUGGCCGCGCCCGAGCUGGCGCCCCCGCCCGCCGCGGAGCUCAAGGAGGUGGCGGCUCCCGCGCCAGCCGUACUGCCCGUGCCCACGCCCGUGCCUUCACAUCCCGCCACGACUAUUCCUGAUUCAUCUGUAGCGCCUAUCGUACGCGAACCUGAAGAACAGAAGCCUAUUUUAAAAACCGAGCCUCGAAAUGGCCUCGAUAAAGUUGAUUCGUCGCAAUACAUUGAUCCUAUAGAACGGUCUCUGGCCAGUCUCGAGCGCAGUCUUAAAGCUGACGUACCCAUGGAUGUCAGCAUCGGUGUAUCUGAAUCGUCAUUGCGCCUGGAAGAAGAAUUUUCGUUACCUAAACCUCAAAUGAUGCCCGAUGUUGCCCACCAAAACUUAAUGGCGCAAUUAGGAGGAUUAACUGAGGUUGCGCGAGUGCCUGAUCAGAUUAAAACUGAAAUGUACCUACCACCCCAUAAUGGAUUUGUAGACAAAAUGCUGCAUGAACGUGAAAUGUUGCGGCCUGAUGUAAAUACUAACUUACCGGGUAUGACUGGGGUUCAGCCGGUAUCAUCGAUAUUUGACCCCAUACCCUCAGUACCGCAUAGUGUUAUUGCUCAGUCACAUCACAACAUACCAAAUACACAAUGUAUGAUAACACCUGCAGUAAAAAAAGAAGACAUAAAGCCUUUGCUGACUCCGAAGCCUAUCGAAGACCUUAUGGGUGUAUCGAAUAUGGUUUCUAAUAAUAUGUCGGAUAGAGCUAAAUAUGAAAUGGAGAAAAAAAUGGAAGACUCGAAAAAUACCAACUUUGCACAAGCUUUUAAAUUGAAACAGGAACAAAACUUAAAGAAUGCUAGCUCGUGGUCGUCUCUGGCGCAGGCUGGGAGCCCACAGAGUAUACCUACAAUGGGCACCAAUCAUCAAAUAAAACAAAAGCCAGUUAUGGACAGUUUCCAAGCUUUCAAAAAGCAGGCUAAAGAAAAGAUAGACCGUCAAAGAGCUCUUAUUGAACAGCAGGAACUAAGGAAAAAGGAACAAGCUGAAAGAGAAAGACAAAGGCAAGAAACAGAAAGGCGACAUCCUGACGAGGAAAAGAUGAGGGUGGGCCAGGGUGUACGCAAAGUGGAGAGCGCCGAGGUGGCGUCGCCGCGCGUGUCGCCGGUGGCGCGCGCGUCGCCGCCGGCCGCCGCGGCCGCCGCCGCCGCCGCCGCGCCCGACAAGCCCGCCGCCUCCGAGCGCGAGCGACUGCGCCAGCGCGAGCAGGAGCGCCGCCGCCGGGAAGCUAUGGCAGGUCAGAUAGACAUGAACAUGCAAAGUGAUUUGAUGGCCGCUUUCGAGGAGUCACUGUAAUAUGCUUUGAAGAGGACACUAAUAAAUUGUACAUAUGAGUAUAUAAAUAUUAAUUUUACGUCAAUGCAAUCGAUAAUUAUGGUGAUAGUUUGACACCGAAGUGAGUUUGUGAUCGUUUAGUGCGUGAAAAACAGUUGACUAACAUGUGGUUAAGUGCUGUGAAUAGGUAUACUUAAACUGUUGUAACGUCAUUAUUGAUUUCGUGGUCGCAUAUUAUGGGCCUUUACUAGAGGGUUGCAUUUUAAUUAACAUUAACUUGUAUUAUAUAAGUUUGUAUGUAAGGUCUUAAAGGUUAACUCUCUUUACAUUCGUAAGUCUAUAUUUAUAUUUUGUUUUAGAGGCGUCUCCUUCCUUCCAUAAUUGUUUUAUAGGGUCUACUAAUGACUAUCGUCAUGACUAGAAUUUUAAAAUCAACAUGUUUUAUGUAAUUGGUGAAUGACAAUCAAAUAAACUAUGAAAAUCUGUUACGUGACUUCGCACCAUUUCUCAUUGCAUGGUUGUUUUAUUCGUAUGUUUCGUAAACAACUCGUUGAUGAUGCUUAGAAAUUAGACAUAAAUAAUAUAAGUAUAUUAUGCCAUAAUAUUAGAAUGUCGCUUUUGAAUGAAUUCAACGUGCAAUGGGUGACGGGAGUGAGUUUAUAUUUAUUAGUAAAUGGAAUUUCUGUUACUUAUUCGAUUUUCGAUAAAUAUUGCUUAAUGUUAGUAGAUUUUUUAUCAGCCUGUCAUUAAAAACAGAUCAAAUGUCAUACAUUUGAUUUGAAAUAUAUUUAUUUUACAUUGGAAUAUGUCUUUUUAUGUUUGUAGAUAGAUACUCCAGUGAAAAUGUAGAAAUUAAACAAGUUCUGCGUACUCGGAAUUAAUGAGGAUUAAAAAUAAUAAUACCAAUAACACAAUGCUACACAAAAUAUUGUAUAUUGUUAAGCAUCUUUUUAAUUUCAGCCAUUUACUCUCAAAAUCAAAUGUAGAUAUGAAGUAAAAUAUAUUGACAUUCCAUAUUGUAAUAUGUUGUUUAAAUUGUUAUUUUUAUUUUAUUUUCGCCAAUUAUUGCUAUUUUAUGGCAUUUCUGAAGAGACCUGGUAUACUACUACAUACACUAUAUUGUCUUGAGGUUCAGUGGAACUUAGUUUAUAUUAAUAUAAGCACUGAAAAAUUUGCUUAUAAAAUACCAAACCACCUGCUGUUUAUGUAAACUAUUUAUGAAAUUAGUUUAAUUUAGUUACAAUUGAUACUUCUUUCUAAAAGAGGUAAUUUUAUCUAUGAAAUUGAAAAGCAAUAAAAUUAGUUUUUUGUAUCUCGUUCUUUAAAACCUUAAACUAAAGACUUGAAUAAAGUUAUGGUGUUCAUUAAAA